UACCUCUGUGAAUCAUAUGUGUUCUGUCAUAAGCUGGGGGUCUUAUUACAUUUUCAGAGUAAUUCGGGAGAAGCGCAUAGCGGCGAAAAAUAACGCUGAAAACUGAAAGGCUGCUGUGCUGUGGCUGCCAGCGGAAACAGGAAGACGGCAGCAGCGCCGUUGGUUGGUGAGAGUGAGAGAGAGAGAGCCGCGGUGAGGCGUUUGUAUUUCGGCGGUGUGAAGUAACAGCGUUAGGGUGAAACGCAAGGAACGGCCACUUUAACGCCGAAUAAUGUCCUCUUGAUAUUUACAGUGUCGCUUGUUUGGGAGCCUCUCGUCUGCUAAAGCUAACUAACAAAGUCCACAUAACGGUUUUUCCUCCGUUCUGCUGCAUUACUUUGCUAGCCGCUCGCAGCUAAUUUGGAAAUCUCCCCCAACCAACCAACAGAAUCAGCUGUGUUUACGCUGACAGCGCCUGAGAAACUGGACUUUCUCUCUUUCCCACACGAAGAGCUGCGACUGAUACCAAAGAGAGAGGAGUUUCCGUAGGAUUUGAGGAGAGGAGAAGUAAUUCGGCUGGAUUGAGAAUGACGGGCAAAUCUGUGAAAGACGUUGACCGCUAUCAGGCUGUCCUCACGUCCCUGCUCGCCUUGGAGGAGAACAAGUUCUGUGCUGAUUGCCGAGCCAAAGGUCCAAGAUGGGCGUCUUGGAAUUUGGGAAUCUUCAUCUGUAUCCGAUGUGCAGGAAUACACCGGAAUCUUGGUGUACACAUAUCACGUGUCAAGUCUGUCAACCUGGACCAGUGGACCCAGGAGCAAAUUCAGUGUGUGCAGGAAAUGGGGAAUGCCAAGGCACGGCGGCUCUAUGAGGCCUUUUUACCUGAGUGCUUCCAGCGUCCGGAGACAGACCAAGCUGCAGAGAUAUUCAUCCGGGACAAGUAUGAAAAGAAGAAAUAUAUGGACAAAUGCAUUGAUAUCCAAGCUUUUCGAAAAGAGAAGAGUGCGGCAGUAACGAAAGAGGCACCUGUUGUUUUUGAGAAGAUGAAGCUGAAGAAGGAGGAGCCUCAGCAGUUCAAGAGCACUCCAAAGAAGCAGUCCCACUCUGUAAAUGAUCUUUUAGGACUAGAUGCUCCUCCAGUGCCUGUGGCAAAUGGAAAGGCCAGUCCUGAGCAGAGCCCUGCUUUGGAUCUGUUCAGUUCCUUGCCUGCUGCCAACUCAAACUCUGCCAAGAGCACACCUGCAUCGGGCUCUGUUUCCAGCUCCAUGCCCAAAGGCCGGGUAGCAGCAUCAGUACCAGAGAACCUCAGCCUUUUCCUGGACCCACCUGCCAAAAGUGAUGAGAACAGCAAGAAAAUGUCCAAAGACUCCAUCUUGUCUCUAUACAGCAGCGUUACACCUCAGACUAACAUGGCUGCUCAUGCUGGAAUGUACAUGGGAGCAGCCCCGAUGGGCUAUGCCCCUGCUGCUGGGUACGGGCAUUACCAGGCUCUGGCCACUCAGCAAGGCAUGAUGGGAACCAUGAUGGCCCCACAAGUGAACAUGAUGGGACAGCCGGGCAUCAUGGCACAGCCAGCAGUGGCUGCCCCUACUCCUUACAUGGCGGGAGUGCAGGGGGGCAUGAUGGGAGUGCAGAGCGGCGUGAUGGGGGGUGUAGGGGCACUGCCCCAGCAACCGUAUGCUGUGCAGCAGGCCCAGCAGCUGCAGUGGAACAUUGCACAGAUGACUCACCACAUGGCAGGCAUGAACUUCUGCGGUGCCAACAACGUAAUGGGAUACGGGCAGCCCAUGGGAGGGGCAUCUGCUCCCAACACCAAUCAUAUGCUUGGCUCACAUGUAUGGAAAUGAGUGUGCAAGGAAGUCGGAAUGGGUGGGCUCGGGGGCUGCGCAAUAAACUGUGUAAGAGAAUGGAGGGAAGUCUGCACACACUCUUCAUCAAACAUUCAGAGACCUGUGUCCACGAUGAAGAGGGAACGCUGUUUGAGAGAAUUAAGAGGAAGAGUCUCUACCUCCCCCAUUGUCAUAGCCAUCUUCUUGUUUGUUGCCCAGGUGUGAUGUGGCCCAUAUGUCCUUUAUCUGUAACAUGUUAUUCUGGGCCUCACUGCUCUCUUCAGCUACACCCAACCCACUGCAACAGUUUCAGUUCCCUUGACUCACAUUAGCUACAUCUUUUGGUCGCAUGUGGGAGGGAAGAUGUACCUCAGCAGUUGGGUCGUGUAUGCUUUCUGAGAUAAGCUUUGUGUGUGUUUCCUUUCAUCAGAGUCAUUAUCUUUAAUGCUUGCAACAUAUUACUUAGUGGGGCGCACUUGUAAUCACCCAUAAACAUGCAUGCGAUUGUAAAGGUGAUUUAUAAGGUGAAAAGGAGAGCAUUCAAUACGUGUGUAGAGUUUCAAGUAAUGUGUUGCUGCUGUCUGAGUUCUCUGUUGGCUGUUCUUGUUGUGGAUGUUGAAGCCUAUAGUAGAUGAUUGGAGCAUAUUGGCCCUUUCUUCCUGUGUAACCCAGGGUACUGCUGUGGAGCUGUAGUGGAUCUACACUCUGCUUCUCCUCCUACACUCUCUCUCAACUCAGGAGUUUCACAGGCAGGGGAAGGCGAGGGAUCUCGUAUCAAGCUGGUAUGGAAAGCUCAAAUGAGAGAAAUCCGUCUUAGCCAAAGAUUUACUGAAGUUAUGUUUGAUGAAUUAGCUUAAAUCUACAUUAGGUUUAGAUGUUUGCACAAAGAAUUACUACAUGCUUAGGAGGUAUUAAUCAGUCCUGUGAUUUAUAUCUGAUUGUAUCCGAGUCUCACAAGCACUCAAUACCACCUUUGAUUGUAUGAACUGAGCGCUGUUUUCUUCCCUCACGGCGUGGUGCAGUAGUGCUCUGUAAUAGCUGAAGGUAGGACUUUUUAAUUGACUAACUGCAGGGUUUUUAAUAGAUCACCAGUACCUCUCCGCUUCAGUCUGUUUGGAGACCAGUUGAAUGUCUCUCUCACUUGCUCCUCUGCAUCUUACAGCAGCUUUCGCAUUGUCCCUGGGGGAAGUUAUUUCAGAUUGAAGAGGUGGGCCAUACUGCCUGCACUAAUGCGUCUGGACCACGCCAGUGAGACUUGGCUUGCUAAGAGCACUAAGAGCAUUUAUGGCUCUUUCAUAAAGCAGCUACAGACUCGUCUGGAACUGUUUGUGUGGAUGUAUGAGAUGUCAUGCAUAGCUGUAGAGAUGUAUGCCUAGUGACUGCAUGUACAGGUUAAACGGGAUUAUGCAGGAAGAACAUGACAAGCGUGGUAUGCGAAAGCAGCCCACUAUGAAACUGUGCUGCUACAAAUAGGUUUGGCAAUAUUUGAUUAGUUUCCACUGUGACAUCUGUGACAAACGCAUCAGUUGCUCAAGGCUCAAGUCAUUUCUUUUCUUCCGUACAUAGCUAAUGGCACAGAGUACACGUCUUUCUUUCUCUCUCUCUCUUUUUCUCUCUCUCUCUGUGUUUUUCUGUUUUUUGUUUCUUGUUUCUUCUUAAACUUAUCACUGCCCUCUAGUGGCGGAGGAGGUUCAGGACAUUAGGAAUGUUGUGUCAAAUGUGCAAAAAUGUGCUGAAUGUUUUCUGUUCUGCUGUAUUUAAUUGUUAAUAUGUUUAUCUGAUUCCUUGUUACAGUUUUUUUUUUUCUUGUUUGUUUUUUGUACUUUUAGAUUUUCUCUCAUAUACGAAUUGUGGGCUGAUGUUGAUAUCCAAUAUUUUUGGUGUACAUAUCUGCAGAUACGUAGACAUUUAUGAAAUGUUGAAAUCUGGACUACAGCCACCUGGAUUAGCAUUAUGGAGGAGUGUAACGUAUUUCUGUAGGGUUACAAAUGCAGCUAAAUCAAUAAAAUACAGACAUUUUAGCACAGUAUCCCAGCAUCACUUGAACAUUUUGCUUUUCCAGAGUACAACAGAUGUGUCAUCAAAUACUGGUUUGAAAUAUCUGUCAAAUCUAAACGUCUGUCCAUGCCAAUUUUUUAAGCAAUUACUUGCCUAUAUGAUAUGAUUCUAAUUUCAUCACGCAUCCCUAUUUUUUUUGCAUGUUUAUUUCCAGCAUAGGAUGGAAAUGCGCUUUCAUGUACACACAUGCUGCGUUAGAGUUUGUAUCCAGACGUUGUAUAUAGUCUUUCUAUUUCUUCUGAAAUAUGUACUUCCUCAAAACCACAAUCAUGUUAUUAUGGCACUUUAAUAAGGAGGAAAUGUGUGUCCGCAGGUGUAUUCUGAGAUGUUGACCAAUGCUGUUAGGAGGAAAGGAGUUUCAGAAAGUUAGUUAGGUCAUUCCAUAAGCAAAGCACCUAAUGCCUGUAUGGCUCAGCAUGCUCACUGGGCCUUCCAUAACUGACCACCACUGAAUGUUUAAACUGUUCCACUAUAAAACGAGGCUGUGUAUGUUAAAUUGAUUCACUGUGCUAAGGAGGUUGUGUUCUUAGAUUUAGGAGCGUCAGAGUCAUCUUUAGAAACAUGUUUUACAUAAAGCAAUACUGGAUUAGCACCAAAAGGUGUAAGAAGGUAUGGAGAAUGCAAGCCUGUUUAAAUAUCCCCAUUUAGAAUAAUCUCAUCUGCCAUCAACAUGAAAUGAGGGUAUGAAAAAGCAAUGACUAAGUUUCAGCCAUAUUGUGUAGAAUGUCUAGGCAUCAUUGCUAUUAUAUUUUCAACUUUGGAGGCUAAAUAUCAUUAACAUUGGGAACGUUUUCUUUAGUGCACGUUGACGUAAAAUUGUACGUGUUCAAAAAGUCACAGUUUGCAUAACAGUGGUGGACAAAAAAAUACUAGUGACCUCAUGGUGCUAAAGCGUGGUCAGCCCACAUGAUUGUAAGUGCAGAGGUGUUGUGGAACAUAUUUGCUUUCUCUGUGAGUUGUCAGUAUCAGAGCGACUUAAAAAAAGAAUGUUUCUGAAUGUCUCAUUAUCAUGGUUCACAGUUAUGAAUGCAUACAUUUGUAAAUUCUUUGUGUGUGUAAUGUUAAAUCAUAUCUGCUUCCUUUUGAUAUGUUUUAGGAUAUUGAAAAUGUGUGUUACAAAUGCUCAUAAGUGAACUAAUUAAUAAAGAAGUAUCUUUUAUCCUCA